AUGACCAUGGAGCGUACCCUGCCUGCAGAUUGGCGACCAGAUGAUGCUCCUUGGGAAGAACUCCCGCUUUCAACUCUGAGAAAACGGUGUGCAGCGCGCAACAUUUCAGUCCAGGGCAGCCGUUUAGAGAUGAUCAAGCGACUAGAUCAUUAUCAAAAGAACUUCAGUGCUGAAGAAAGAUGGGACUUCUGGCAAAAUCAACCGAGUGUUUUAUUGUAUGUUCUUCGCUAUGUCCUCAACUGCCCUGAGCCUCUCCGCUGGCAAGAGUCCUUUCUCUCCACUGAGAUCGAGGACAUCUACCGCCACAGCUACGCCGUUAGCACCCGGCUUCUUACCAAUUGCAUAGGUCAAAAUCCUCUCUGUGCUCUGUGCUUCAAGGCCGUUGUUCCCACAGAAGGGCAUUCGACCUGUUGCGUCACGUGCGGGAGAACGAUGCACACCGAAUGUGUGGGUGUUGCACAGAAAGCGAGAGCACUGGCCAAGGAAGAGCAAUGCUGGAGAUGCGAGGACGAGACUGAAUGGACUAUUGACAAAUACUGUGAGCCUGGACAGGUUCAGCAUCCUCUAAUUGUCCCUGGCACCAAAGCUGCCCCUCAGACACUACCGGGACCAGGUGGAAAUACCGCUCAGCAGCCAAACGAGCGUGUUACGACCGAAGACUUGAGCUCAUCGCACGGCGAACACUCCGGCAAGCCCUCAAGCCAACAGGCCAACCAUAUUUCUUCCAUCAGCAUGGAUCCUGUCCCUAAUACCGCUCCAGCUCCAACUUCUGCUGCUCCUCCCGAUACCGCUCUAGCUCCGACUUCCGGUACUGCUCUCGUCGGAAAUUCCGCUUCGGCCACCACGAACGCCAACAUCAGCAACAAGGGCUCAGCCAAACUAGUCCAAGAUCGCAACCAUAUGAAAAAGGAAUUAGCUGAGAUGCGGAAGCGUGCCAAGCACGAGCAUCAGAAACUCAACAAGAAGCAUAAAAAGGAGAUCAAAAAUCUCAGAAAGAAGAGCAAGCGAGCGCUCAAGAGGCUGAUGAAGAAAAGCAAGAAGCUUGAGAAGAAAGCAAAAGACUUGCGUGGGGAGAAAGAAGGCUGUGAUGAUGCCUGA